GCGCUCGCCACUUUCCUCUCCUACGAGAUCGCGGAGAAAUCUACCUCGGAACAAUCGAUCGGUUCUCCAUACCGUGACCUUGAUAUCGUGACCUCGCUUCCGCUUUAACGUCCGGUUCACAAUCGCGAUCGGGUGAUCGGUGCCGGUGAAUCGUGUGACGGUGGUGUGGCCGCUCCUGUGCCUGAUGGUGAUUGGUGAACCUGACUGCAGGAAGCUCUUUUGGGAAUCUAUUUCCUUUCUUUAAGCUUUCUUCGCCGUUUUGAAGAGACACGCAGGAUCAUGGCAUCGUACAGAAGCUAUGGAGAUACGGGAGCAUAUCGAAGUAGAGCUGGCAUUGGUAACACAUUCGGUAGGAAUACUUCCGGCGGAAGUAACCUGCCAAGCUGUAGAAGUAGCUACUCCGGAGUCGGGUCGAGUUCCGUUCGAGCUGCUGCCAAGGAACGGGCGUUCGCUGGUUUUGGAAGCACUUUUCUCAAAAAGGAUAAACUCGAGGAGAAAUCCACAUUUAAAUAUUCAUGUACCAAAGACACCGAUAAAAGCCGAUUGCAUUCCGGAAGAGCGUCAUCCGAAGACGUGAGGGCAAAAAGUCCACUAUCUGACAGUAGGUCAUCCCUCCUCGAAAAGUACUCGUUCUCAGCUGGCAAAACAUCGGAGAGACCGUCUUCCGUGCUGGAUAGAUAUAACCGGCCGGCUUCGCGGGAAAAGAGCACAGAGCCCGAAGGAAUAUUGCGGUAUGGAUCCAGCACAUAUCCUGGAUCGAAUUUUGGUCGAACUUACGGCAACGAUGGUAGGGUUGAGAAAAAGGACCAUCCACCGGUCUCCUAUAGAGGAUUACGUCCCAAUUCCGGAAAAACAUCGCGCGAGCCUAGUCCGGAAGUCGGAAAAACGAAUUCAUUCAGGGUCUACUCAAGAGCGCCGUCUUAUGGUCGUUCAGCUGCUUCUCCUAGUGAGUACAACUGUUUUGUGAUACAUUAUAAAAAAUAUCGCAGAAAUAUAUAGUUUCUAAUACUAUAUAUCAUAAUUUUAUUAUUAGAUGAAUAUUAUAGUUAUUGUUCCUUUCAUUCGUAUUUAAGAAUCGCUAUUAUAAAAAAUAAUGAGAUUUCUAAGUUAAAAUUCUCUCUUAGAUUUGUUUCUAUCAGUUUUACUAUAAAUUUUAUAAUCAAUUUAAAAAAUAGAUUUAAUGACACCAAAUCUAUCUGUG